CUUCUUUACCCCGCUGUCCCGGACAAUCGUGGAAUAAAAUGUAUAAAAUUAUUAUUUUGUGCUCUAUUUUUAUUGCUGCAUCGAAUGCAGAUGUCGUUGAGACCCCAACCAAAAGAGAAAUUAAAGCUUCUCUGAAACCAUUAUCCGUAUGCUGCGAUAUUCCAGAGUUGGCUGAUGACAGGCAAUUAGUGAAAUGUUCCAACCCUAAACCGCCUGGACCGUGUGAAGACGUUCAAUGUAUUUUCGAAGUAUCAGGCUUUUUGACAGACAAGAACACAUUGAACAAGGCCGCAUACAGAAGCCAUUUGCAGAAAUGGGAGAAGAAUCAUCCAGGCUGGACUGAUGCCAUCUAUAAGGCCAUCACAGACUGUGUGGAUAAUGAUCCUAGGCAGCACCUCGACGUUGCUUGUAAAGGUUAUGACGUAUUUACUUGCACUGGCAUCGCUAUGUUGAAGAAAUGCCCUGAAGCAGCGUGGAAGUGUUAGGACUGACA